AUGGUGGCCGAACAUCUGACAAUCAGGAACUUGACUUCCACCCCAAUUGUGCUGAAGCGCAUCGAGCGCUUUCGCGCCCCUGAGAAGCCUCGCGAUGUCGACAUUGGCGCUCUAGCAAAGAACUUUACAAGGCUUGUGACCAAUGUCACCCGUGCCGAGGCACCUGUUGCAUCAAUCAACGAUGACACCAAGCCCUUUGCCCACAAGGACGUUGAUGUCCGCAUCGAGCCCUUCAGAACAGUCAAGACGGAGCUCCGCUCUCACAUCGACUCAGAGCAGGAGAGAAUCCGCUGGGUCUUCGAAUCGAAGGGCGAGAAACACCAGAUUCAGACUCCGGUGCCCACAACCGAGACCGCCAGCAUGAAGCCCUUGACCAAGGACGCAAAGCUCAGAUUCACCGGCAUCUACUCGACAGCCGAAUCCCAUCUCGCCGUGUUCUCCUCGGCCAACCUGAAUGCAUGGAUGCGAGAGCUCAAGGACGACACCCUGCUGUCCUCUCUCUCCAUCCCAGGAACGCACAAUUCGCCGACAUGCCAUGUCGCACCACCCUCUGUCCGCUGCCAGGCCGCUAGCCCGCGCGAACAGCUGAAGAAUGGUGUCCGCUUCUUCGAUAUCCGCGUCCAACCCAAGUUCCCAGAAGACGCAUCCAAGGACGAGCUCAUCCUUGUCCACAGCACAUUCCCCAUCUCCCUAACCGGAGACAAAUACUUCCGCGACCUCAUGCGCGAAGUCAACGACUUCCUUGAGCACAACCCAUCCGAGACCCUCAUCAUCUCUCUCAAACGUGAGGGUCCUGGCAAGCACACCGAUGAGCAGCUCAGCCGUAUCCUGCGCGACCACUACUGCCGCCCAGGAAGCAGAUGGUACACCGACCCCAAAAUUCCAACCCUCGGCGAAGUUCGCGGCAAGGUCGUCCUUGUCCGCCGCUUCAACAUGCUCGAAGAGCUCAAAGAGAUACACGGCGGCCGAGGAUGGGGUAUUAACGCCACAGGCUGGGCCGACAACUGCGCCAACGCGACCUGCCCCAGUGGCCAAAUCGUCAUCCAAGAUUUCUACGAAGUUCUCGAAACCGAAAACAUCGACAAGAAGAUCCAGUACGUUCGAGAACACUGCAAACGCGCAAGCGAGACGUGCUAUCCCUUUGGUGUUCUUCCGGGCCCCAACGCGACAAAGGCGCAUCCGUUCUACGUCAACUUCCUGAGCGCGAGUAACUUCUUCAAGCUGGGGACGUGGCCUGAGAAGAUCGCUGAGAAGCUGAACCCGGCUACGGUUGAUUAUCUUUGCCGGAAACAUGGUGAGAAGGAGGGCGCGGACUGGGCGACUGGUAUUCUUGUUACCGAUUGGGUUGGCCUUGAUGGCGAUUGGGAUCUGGUUAGGUGUAUUGUUGGUAUGAACGCGAAGCUUAUGGUGCGGCAGAGGAAGCAGGAGAACAGUCCUGAGAGGAGAGAGGAUCAUGAUCGAAUGUAG